GUUGCUAUGGAUUGGUGUCAUCAUCCAUUGAGGGGUAUCUCUAGUAAUCUCGAUGUAAAUCAUCGCAAAUGGGAACAACCACAAUCGCAGGGGCCCAGAUCAUCAUCCUAAUCAUACACCGUAGCACCAGCCUUCCCUUUUUUUUCUUUUCUCCCUUUCCUACAAUUCCCGUUCUUCCUCUACGUUAUCCCCCGCCCCUCUAUUAUUCGAACAACACAUAUUGUUCUCCAGGGAUAUCUCCAUAGUCCAAACUCUAAUGCUGGAGUAGCCUCAGUUCUCUCU